CACUAGUCGAUCAAAUUACAGGGCAUUCAUUUUCUUUCUCAUCACUAUCACGCCUUUUCUCCGCAUCUUAACUCCAGCCUGCUCCAAGUAGAUUUCCCUGCAAGCCACGCCUCUGGUGACUCGACUGCUGCUGUCAUCUUUCAGCCGUACGCAUCGUUUGCAGAUCUUGGCAUUAAAAAAUAUCUUUUAUCCUCUACUAUCUACAUAUACUUCUACCGACUACGCAGCGCUCUCUUCCUAAACAAAACAUCCCUCUUAACUCCGUUAAACACCAUCGGCACCAUCGUUCCGUCGAAUAUCAAAGCCUUUCUCUGCUUAUAUGCCGCUGACAUACACAUCAAUUCCCUCGCAAUAACAUGUCCGCAGAUUCCGGGCUCGGCUCCGAGCUCGAGUCUUUCCGCCAGAAAUGGCUAUCCGACUUGCGAACGAAGCGAGAGGGUGAAGCUGCAGCCAGCUCUUCGUCAACUACCUCAGCAGCACCAGCACCAGGGUCGUCAACCUCGUCAAACGCUGGUUCAUCAAGACGACAGAAUGCACCUCCGAGCCCCAGGUCAUUACGAAAGCCUAUAUGGGACGAAGGCGACUACCUUCAAGGGUACAACUUUGACGAGAUGCCGUCUACCCAGACCGCGACAUCGCAGCCCCAAGAACCAAAGGCCACCGAGAAGAAGAAGAAGCUCGUAUCAGCAUUAGACCACUUUGAAGAAGCCAUGCAGAAAGAAGCCAUUGGCAACAUGGGUGAUAGCCUCAAGCUCUAUCGCCAGGCAUAUAGACUCGACCAUACAGUAGACAAACGAUAUCGUGAAAAAUACUUCCCACCCAAACCUACAACCACAGAUGCUUCUCAUGCCACAGCAACCACCAAGAAAGCAGCAACCGAAACCACCGCUCCAACCAAGAAACCUGCCGCCACCAAGACCCCUGUUCAACCCGAACAAGGAAAAGCCGAUGGAGAAGCAAAGCCGCUCACUAUCAAGGAACUCCUGGCUAGCUUCUCGGCUCUCAAGAUUGAAGCCAAAGUCCCCGAUGUAGAAGGCGAGCCUCCUCUACCCUGCCCCAUCUCCGAGCUACCCGAUGAGCUUCUCGUCCACAUCAUGAGAGACGUGGCGGUCGCCGACAUUGCCAACUUUGUCCGCCUCGCCCUCGUCUGCAAACGCAUGGCAUAUCUCGUUGCCACGGAACAGCGUAUCUGGCGCCAAGUGUGCAUCGCGCCCGAAUUCGGCUUCGCUGGUAUGCACCGCCGUUGGCGAUCAGACAUUGAGUGGACGACAUCCAAGCCCAGCGGCGAGGACUACAUUGACGACGAUGACCAAGAGCAGCUCGACGACGACGGCAACCUCAUCAGCCCGCGCGAGAUGGCGGAGCGCGACCGCAUCGAGUCCUAUCUGACAACCUGCGCGCUCACACCAACCCCAUACCCCUCAUGGAAGGCCAUGUUCCGCCACCGCCCGCGCGUCCGCUUCAACGGCUGCUAUAUCAGCACCGUCAACUACAUCCGCAGCGGCGCCGCAUCGACCAACCAGUCUACCUGGGGCGGCAGCCCCAUCCACAUCAUCACAUACUACCGCUACCUGCGCCUAUUCCGCGACGGCUCGCUCAUUAGCCUGCUCACCACACACGAGCCCGCCGACGUGGUGCACCAUCUGACACGCGAACAACUACUACAGCACCAUGACCAGGCUCAAAGCCACUUACCAUCGGCAGUAAUGCAUCUUGCGCACCGCGGCCGAUGGCGUCUCUCCUCUCCCGUCCCUAGCAACAACCGCUCGAGCACCAGAUCACAUCCCAGCGAUACAGCCGCGCCGAGCGGCGAUGCGGAUCUCUAUGUCGAGACCGAGGGCGUGGGCACAAAGUAUCUCUACCGCAUGGACUUGACACUGCGAAGUGCCGGAAAGGCCAGCGCUACCAAGAACAACAAGCUCGUGUGGCGUGCGUUUUACAGUUACAACAAACUCACUGACGACUGGGGAGAGUUUACGUUGAAAAACGAUAAGCCUUUCUUCUUUAGCCGUGUUCGAAGCUAUGGUUUAGGCGAAUAGACAAGAGUGAUACAUAAUCUAUAAAAGAACACAUACAGACAGGUGGUUUAUACAGACAAAGAUGUAUACAUCAUAUUGUCAAAGAGUUGGUUAGACAAGAGAAGAGCGAGCGUUCUGAAUAGAAUUUUCAUAUAAUAUUUAGUCAUAUUUAUUAAAUAGACAAGAACUUGCUAAGAAUAAGAGCCUGUGAUGGAUGUGGUAUAUAAAAGUAAGCAAGAAAAUGUGCAAAAGACACGAACGAGCAGAUCGCUGAUUCAUUCGGCUCGCUGUGGAACCUGUGGUUUCCAAAUCAAAAGCGCCGCCCAUGCUAUCCUAGUCGACUUGACUGCGUCCAAGGUACCAGGCAUUCUUCUUUUGUGCUGCUGGUCCUGACAAUCAAUACCCAAGAGAUACUAGUUUAAGGAAAUAAAAAGCGAAAUAACGAGAGGGGAGUGCCAAAGUUAUAGUCGUGGCAAAAGGCAUAGUUGUAAAGCCAGCGCUAACACAAGGGCCAUAUGCCAUAUUUCCAUGAUAAUAAUGAGAAUAAACCAUUCUAUCGAAUGCGACGUCCAUCCAAAAAGCGAGGCUGGUUGGGAUCGUAAUAUGCAGGCUGCUGGUUUUGCAUGCCGCGGCGCGACUCAAAAGCAGCACGCUCGUCUUCGUCCAUGGUAAAGGCCUUUUUGAGCCAGCCAAAGGUGCUCUUCUUCUUCUUGAGCUGCCUCUCGCUAGUCCUCGAAUCCGCUCGUGGGGCGAACUGAUCAUCGUACACAGUGCCCAUGGUCGAGUUGCUCAUUAUGCUCAUGGCGCCGAGCUGCGAUGGCUGGUUUCUGUACAUGGCAGGACGUUCAGCUACACCAUGAUUGGACGGUGCGGCAGUUGACGGGCGCUGCUGCAAAGGUGAGUGAGGAGAGGCUUGCACAGGGCGGUAAUAAUUGUGCUCCGAGUGUGGUGAAGGAACAAGCUGCGGUUGGGGUGAUACCAGCUCUGGGGAGUCGGAUGCCACUCGGAGCGCGGCGUGCGCAUCCCCAUCGGAAAUGCGCGCUGGGUGGUACAUGGUGGCGCUUGCAGUCUUUGGUCCGGCGUAGUUGGGUGAUAGGCCAUUCAUAGGGCUCUGUGGUACAGAACGAGGGGGGAUACGGAUCGCAUCAGGAGGGUUGGAGGAGCGCUCGCGCAAGGCAAGGCUCUGUUCCAUGCCAACACCCGAUGAUUGCGAGUCGGUUAAGACAACUGGGAUUGCUCGCUGAAUAGAAACGGCCUGCGUAACACCAAGUUGAACGGAGCGAACCGAUGCUGCGACAGGGGUGGCACGCGCAGAUAUCUGUGAUGCAGAAGACGAGGGCGCUGGUGACGCGCUCUUGGGAACCGGCGAAGUGGCGGGUGCUCGCACAUCAGUGGUCGGAGACGUCACCGUGGAACCUGUAUCUGCAAAGGGCAAUGUUUCGGACAGAGGUGUCUCCGUCGCUGGGGACUGCACCACCUGAGAAGUUGGUGACUUGGCGCUGGUAUCCUCUGGCUCGGCAGCCGCCUUUGGAACUUUUGGAACUUUUGGUACCUUUGGUACCUUUGGUACCUUUGGUGCAGGAACAUAUGUUCGGGGCUGUAGAAGAUAGGUACUUGAAUGGCUUUCACGAUACGGCUUGGGCUUGAUGUCGCCUUCAUCGACCUCGUCUUCUUCUUCUUCGGGCUUCUUCUCCUCUGAUGCAGAUGCGACGACAGGUUCGCCCGCUGGUGCCGGUGACGCUGCAAACGACGAGACUUGACCCUCCACUAAUGUAGGCUCGGUUGGUUCGGGUGUUGCAUUUGUCGUUUGUGUCGACACAGGACUUGGUUGCUGUCGAGUUGUCGCUCUGGAAGGGGGUAACAGCGGUAGCAGACCAGGAAGGGGGAAGAAGCUGUCAUCGUCGUCGUCGGCUACUUUGAUGGGGUCUAAGAAGGGGUUUGGGGGUGAUGGUGAACUACCAGUUGACGAAUGUGGGUUUGAGGGGAGCGUCGGCACGGGCGAAAGCGAUUGUGUUUGGGCGCUAGUAGGCUGCAACGAACUGUUGGGGGUGCUGGAGUAGGUUUGCGCUGAUUCGGGAAACUUGCGACUGACUUCACCAGCCUUGGCCUCCAUCUCCGUGACAAUGUUCAUCAGAGUCACAAUGAGAUCAUUAAUAUCUUGUGCUUUGUUGUUCAUGUCCUCAAAGGCGGUGAUCCAGCCAUCCGUGUUGCCCUUCAUCGCAUCAAAGACGUCCACCAGCUCGGGGUGCUCCGCGUGCCAAUCACCGGUGUCUUGUUCUUGUAACCACUUGGCAAAUACGGCACUGCUUCGAAGACCCGACUCAAUGUCGUCAUCCCAUUGACGAACAGCAACGUUGGUUCUGUCUAGAAUGGCAUCAAUCUUUUCAUUUCCGUCGAGAAUUUCGUUUCUGAACUUGCGGUCCGUGAGCAGCUGCUCAAAGACCUCCAUGUUGGCCAUUGGGAGCUUGAGGUGGUUAAUACGCUUCUUCAAAUCUUCAAUGGCCUGAUCUUGGUCCUCCAGGGCAACCUCCAAGAACUCAUCCACUUCAUCAAUGUGGCCUUGGAGGAUAGUGAUGACCUGAGCCGUACUGUUGGCCAUGCCAUUCAGCAUGAGAUAGACACCAAACGAGAUUUGCGCAAGCAGCUUGAUGAUUUCAUGCUGCGUCUGCCCAGCUCUAUAGCGCCACUUGACAUCAAACGGCUCGUCUUGUCGUCCUUGACUAAGGAGUAGCUCUCGGCGGGCUCGAGCGUCGAGGCCACGCAGCUUCGGCUUAUGGACACCACCGGCUGUGGUGACCUCUUCUAGCGAUUCGGCGAAGGCGUGCUGAAAUGAGGGGAUGGGGUGUGUCGGAAUGUUGGACGAUCGUUGUGAGUCUGUUACCGGCCGAUGGCUGCUGCUACCAAUGCUACUUCCGGCGCCUUCCAGUUCGGCAUGCGGUCGCGUAGGUUGUGAUUCUUGGUCUUGAGAGGAGGUCAAGACAAUGCGCAGGCCGCCAUCGUCAAACGACAACGGCGGGAGUUCUGUGGCAGCCAUGAUGACGGAGCUAAUUCGGGCAAAUAACCGCCUGGUAGUUGUAUAUGAGAGAAUAUCACACAGCCACAAUUAAAAAAGGCAAUGCUGUAGUCGUGGUGGUGAGAGGACGGGGGUUCACCGCGUGCGAGGCAAAUCUGGCGCAGUAGCACGCAGAGGCACACCUAGGAGAGACUUCGGACAGCGUCCAAGGGCGAGGCCAGGCAAGUCGGGGCAAAAGCAAUGGAUUGUGCAAGAAGCUAAUGCAAGCCUACAAAACCCAUAGCUCUGCCACGGCGACGGUGUCGUUUAUUUGUCGUCGCUGUGCUUUUUGGCUGUCGACGGAUCGGCCUGGCGUAGUACCCGUACCCGUACCCGAGCCCGUAGAUGGCGAGCGCGACGUCGAUGGUGGCGGAAAAGGAGCGUUGCGGUCGGGAGCGAGUGACGAAGGCGAAGAAGGGGGGGGAACGAGAGACGCCGGUGUAGCUGCAAAGUUCGAUGCAGGAGGCGAGAUGUUGGCCGCAGAGGGGUUGAAGAGUUGAAGAAAAGCAAAAAAAAGGGAUGCGUUGCUUGGUGCUUGGAGAGAAGGCGAGGC